AUGCGGGAGACAUCUCGUCGAGAGAUUGUUGCGGCAGAGAAGAUCCCUCCGGGCGCAUUAGUGGAAUACGAAUGGCUGCAAGAGUGGAACAGGAGUCAUUGCCAAAAUUCGCAGUCCGAGAACUGGAAAUCGUCUGUGCUACGAUCCCCAGAGCAAUCCACGCCACGACUUUGGAUAUACCUGGUAUUCCGGCUUCACCGAAAGAACAAGACCCCGAACAAACGAAGAAGGUUGCCAACGCAGCAUCACGGCAUCCAUUAG